GACACACUGGCCCAAUUGUCUGCCUGGUUGUGUGUGCGCAAGCAUGUGUGAGUGUGUGUUACCAAUGUCUGCCACCCCCUAGACAUGCCUGUGCCCCGUGUGACUGUCUCAUUGUGUCCCACUGUCCGCCCUGGGGCCCUUCCCAAUCAUGAGGCCUUGAUUCUCCAGACCCCGGUUCCAGCCCACUCCAGACAGGGGUACCUGUUUGGUGUGGGCCUAGGGCCACAUUGUCACUGGCUCCCCUGUUUCUGCCUCCAUGGGCACCCCUGUUCUGCUUAGCCACUCAACCAGGAAAGGCUGCCUUCACUGAGGAGAGAAGGGGACAAGAGCCUGGGGAGGUGUGACCGAGGAAGGCAUCGAGGGAGCCGUCUGCAGCAGCUCAGUCGCUCAGUCAGUCUCAGGCUGUCCAGCCGGGGUGUUUGGUGGCGAGGAUUCAGGCUCCGUCCAGACGAGGCCGUGGCCUGAGGCUUAGGGCCCCCCAGCCCCUCCCUCCCAGUCCAUCAGCGUCACUCCCCCAGCCCCGAGCUGGACCGCACACCUUGGGACACGGUUUUCCACUUCCUCAGGACGAGCCCCAGACUGGAGGAGAGGUCGGAGGAGGUGGGCGCUGGGCUCUUCGCGAGGACCCCUGCGGUGGGCCCGGGGGAGGCGGCCGAAGCCGCGGCGGCCGGGAGCGACAUGGCCGAGGAGCAGGACCUAUCAGAGGUGGAGCUGAGCCCUGUGGGCUCCGAGGAGCCCCGCUGCCUGUCCCCGGGCAGUGCGCCGUCGCUGGGCCCCGACGGCGGUGGCGGCGGCGGUGGCUCGGGCCUGCGAGCCAGCCCGGGGCCGGGCGAACUGGGCAAGGUCAAGAAGGAGCAGCAGGACGGCGAGGCCGACGACGACAAGUUCCCCGUGUGCAUCCGCGAGGCGGUCAGCCAGGUGCUCAGCGGCUACGACUGGACGCUGGUGCCCAUGCCCGUGCGUGUUAACGGCGCCAGCAAGAGCAAGCCGCACGUCAAGCGCCCCAUGAACGCCUUCAUGGUGUGGGCGCAGGCGGCGCGCAGGAAGCUGGCGGACCAAUACCCGCACCUCCACAAUGCCGAGCUCAGCAAGACGCUGGGCAAGCUAUGGAGGUUGCUGAACGAGAGUGACAAGCGCCCCUUCAUUGAGGAGGCCGAGCGCCUGCGGAUGCAACACAAGAAGGACCAUCCGGACUACAAGUACCAACCUCGGAGACGGAAGAAUGGGAAGGCAGCCCAGGGGGAGGCGGAGUGCCCAGGCGGAGAAGCUGAGCAAGGAGGGCCUGCUGCCAUCCAGGCCCACUACAAGAGUGCCCACCUGGACCACCGGCACCCGGAAGAGGGCUCCCCCAUGUCAGAUGGGAACCCAGAGCACCCCUCGGGCCAGAGCCAUGGCCCUCCCACCCCUCCAACCACCCCAAAGACAGAGCUGCAGUCCGGCAAGGCAGACCCCAAAAGGGAUGGGCGCUCCCUGGGAGAGGGCGGGAAGCCCCACAUUGACUUCGGCAACGUGGACAUCGGGGAGAUCAGCCACGAGGUAAUGUCCAACAUGGAGACCUUUGAUGUGACUGAGCUGGACCAAUACCUGCCACCCAAUGGGCACCCAAGCCACGUGGGUAGCUACUCAGCAGCCGGCUACGGGCUGGGCAGUGCCCUGGCUGUGGCCAGUGGACACUCUGCCUGGAUCUCCAAGCCACCAGGUGUGGCUCUGCCCACGGUCUCACCCCCUGGAGUGGAUGCCAAAGCCCAGGUGAAGACAGAGACCACAGGCCCCCAGGGACCCCCACACUACACUGAGCAGCCGUCCACUUCCCAGAUCGCCUACACCUCCCUCAGUCUGCCCCACUACGGCUCCGCCUUCCCCUCCAUCUCACGCCCUCAGUUUGACUACUCUGACCAUCAGCCCUCAGGACCCUACUAUGGCCACGCAAGCCAGGCCUCUGGCCUCUACUCAGCCUUUUCCUACAUGGGGCCCUCUCAGCGGCCCCUCUAUACGGCCAUCUCUGACCCCAGCCCCUCGGGGCCCCAGUCCCACAGCCCCACACACUGGGAGCAGCCAGUAUAUACGACUCUGUCCCGACCAUAGAGGGGGCCCUGCCACCACCAGUCCCUACCUGGCCCCAGGGCCCCGCCCCCAGCCUGUGUGUCCUGCUCCCCAUCAGCCCCAGGCCUGGCAGUGGCAGUGGCGGAGGCUGCAGGGGCUGACAGCAGCAGGGAGGUUUCUGCCAGCUCCUGCCCUGAUGACCUCCACACACCCCGGCUCUGGAGGCCCAGCCCUGCCUGAGCUGGCAGAGGAGUUUGGUGGCUGCCCCAGACUGAGGGUGAGGGGCCGCCCACCCCUGGAAACGGCCUGUCUCCUCCUUAGAGAUAAGGGGCUCAAACGCCCAUGUGCCAUUGUGUCACAGUGCCUAAGAGCUAGGCUGCCCAGGGACCUGCCUCAGAGCUGGAGCUGGCUCUGUCCUGUCACUCGGGACUGAGGACAGCUUUGAACAGCUUUGUGGAGAGGCUGGGACACUCAAUGGAAGCUCCGAUUCUUUCAAUAACCCCUCCUCACCUGAAUGCAGGAAGGAACUGGCAGAGGUCCCCAGAUCCAACUCUGUGUCAAUAACCUCAUCCUGUGUCUGAGGACAGACCCCAGGCUCUUCCCCAACACCUCCCACACCUCAAAGCCCACCCCAAGUGACGAGGCUAGCGUUCCAGGAAAGGGCAGAGCCAACUCACCCAGCCUUCCUCUCCCCUCCUGACCCAGCCUCAAGUCCCCAGGCUCAGAGUUAGCACUGCACGGGCCCUAGUCCCAGAGCCCAGCACCCAGGCUGCUGGCAGCAGGCUGGACACUAAAUCCCUGCUGUGUACACUCCACCCUUGUCCUGUGCCCUUCGCUGCAGCGAUCGAUACCUUAAUAAAGUGUGUAGCUGUCUCCCCAUCUGUUCUGCAGCCCAGUCCACAUGUAACACAUGGAUGCCCCCUAUUUAUCUCCAUAGUCGCCAUGCUCCUCCUCCCUCUAGCUACCCCAGUCCCCAUUAACUUUCAUUAAGCACUCCAAGUAAUAAAAUCAAAACUUCUGGUCGCCUA